AUGAUUUACUCCUCGGGAAGAGAAUCCUACUUCAACCUGAACUCCACCUGGUACGACCCGUCGGGCUCCUGGCUGGACACGCGGCGCACGCCGUUCCGCUACGGCUACGCCAACUGCUGCUCCUCGGGCUGCCAGGGCGAGGGCGUCGAGGGCAUGAGGGGCCAUGACUACCGGCACUACGGCUACCGGCAGCCCCGCUGCUCCGAGCGCUGCCACGGCUACUCCGGCUCCUCGGGCUCGUGCCACGGCUGCGUCAGGAGGCCAACGUACAGCUACGGGGCAUCGGGAGGGUGCCAGGGCUACGGGAGGUCCGUGUGCUCUGAGAGGUGCCAGGGCUCCUCGGGCUCGUGCCACGGAGGGGGGUCCAGCUGUGUCAGGAGGCCCACGGUGUCCUACGGGGGUUCAGGGGGGUGCCAGGGCUACGGGAGGUCCGUGUGUGCCGAGAGGUGUCACGGGUCAGGGGCUCAGGGUGGCAAGCCGUGCUGUGGGAAGCCCAUGCAGAGCAUCCCAGUGCAGAGCUGUCCCCAACCAGUGCAGAGCUGUCCCCAACCAGUGCAGAGCUGUCCCCCACCAGUGCAGAGCUGUCCCCCACCAGUGCAGAGCAUCCCAGUGCAGAGCUGUCCCCCACCAGUGCAGAGCUGUCCCCCACCAGUGCAGAGCUUGCAGAGCUGUCCCUGUCCCUGUCCCCCUCCGAUCCAGCAGGGCUGUGUUCCUGUGGCCAAGGGCAUCCCCCGCCAGCAACAGAAGCAGAUCUGCAAAGUUCCAGCCCGGAAGAUCAAAUAA